AUGUUCGGAUCGACUGCUAUCCUGCUCCCUCGAACCAAGCGCUGGGCAGAGGCCAAGGUCCUUGCGGACGCCAUUAAUGUGAAGAUAACCAAACUUUACCUGUACAAUCACGAACACUUGCUUGCACUUUCGCAUCACAACUCCCACAUGCGCCGGUUCGCAGAUUUUUCACGCGGAUGGGGUAUAGGCGAGGAGACAUUUGAGUAUUGGAGUUGGAUGGCGAGACAACACCGCGUCCUUGCAGAGCUUCUAGAACAAGGAUCAAACUCUUCGCUGAUGUUCCCCACAAAUUCACCUCAUUCGCUCACGGCUGGUAUGUCAUCGACAAGCACGCCCGUAGAGCUAGACACUGUUCGGGCCCUCGGGUUGAAUCCUAGCCAUGCCUUGCAGCAUCCGGGCCAUUACUACUUCAUGGCCGCCCGAUGCACGGAAGCACGCAGGGAGAGGUUCUUGGCCAACGAGGGUAUCUCACAAGGGACAAGUGGAGCCCCAGGAUACGCAAAGGAGAAGAAAGUUGACCAUCUGACGUUGAUUCUUGAGUUUAAUGGAACAUUCUUACGACACGGUGCGCCGAUUACUCUACCUGUCGUUGUAGCCUCGGCAGCACCAAAACCCAAAGAUCCUCCAUCGACCCCUUUGAUUCGGAAGGCUAUCUUCAAGGCUCCGCGGCAAUCUCCUCUUGGCAGUAUGCUGGAUUCAGUUUCUUCGGACUCGGAGCUCUCAAAGGCUGCGGAAGCAGUGGCAGGCGAAAUGGAGGAACGGGCAAGUCAAAUGCACAUUCCAGAACUCUUCCGAUCUGUAGCGCAGUCAUCUGCGGCUGCCCCAGUAGCCAACGCAGUCAACUAG